UGCAGGUCAAAGGUCAGCGCAGGUGGUGGUCGACUCUGGACGGAGAUGAUGUCCAUGCAAAUGAGUGAGGCGGACAGUGUGGUGAAGGUGGCGGAGUGGCAGCAGACCUACUACGCCUCCGACUCCGGCAUCCAAUCAGGAGCCACGACGGUGCGGGAUGACGAGAGCAACACCGAGUACAGCGGCAGUAAAAAGUACACGGCCAGUACAGCAGCCAGUACUGCGAACGCUGCCGGGACAGCGACCGCCGGGGGGGGAGGGGACACGGCCGCCGGAGGACUGGACAGCCCCACAGACCUGGACGCUCAGUACUCCCUCACCCGGGCUCAGCGCGUCAGGGCCGCCAUGUUCCCGGAGACGCUGGUGGAGGGGGAGGCGGCCAUGCCCAUCCAAUCGGAUCCCUCGCAGCAGAGCAACGUGCAGCGAUUGGCUGAGCCGUCGCAGCUGCUGAAGACGGCCAUCGUCCACCUCAUCAACUACCAGGACGACGCCGAGCUGGCCACCCGGGCCGUGCCGGAGCUCACCAAGCUGCUGGCCGACGAGGACCCGGUGGUGGUGAACAAGGCGGCCAUGAUAGUGAACCAGCUGACCCGGAAGGAGGCCAGCCGCCGGGUGCUGGUGCAGUCUCCGGCCAUGGUGGGCGCCGUGGUGCGCGCCAUGACGACGGCGGUUGACAUGGAGACGGCCCGGUGUGCGGCCAGCGUGCUGCACAGCCUGUCGCACCAGAGGGAAGGACUGCUGGCCAUUUUCAAGUCUGGAGGGAUACCGGCCCUGGUCCGCAUGCUGAGUUCGCCCGUGGAGUCGGUCUUGUUCUACGCCAUCACCACCCUCCACAACCUGCUGCUGCACCAGGAGGGGGCCAAGAUGGCGGUGCGCCUGGCCGACGGCCUGCAGAGGAUGGUCCCCCUGCUGAAGAAGAGCAACCCCAAGUUCCUCGCCAUCACCACCGACUGUCUGCAGCUGCUGUCCUACGGCAACCAGGAGAGCAAGCUGAUCAUCCUGGCCAAUGGGGGCCCAGAGGGGCUGGUGUUCAUCAUGAGGAACUACAACUACGAGAAGCUGCUGUGGACGACCAGCCGGGUGCUCAAGGUGCUCUCCGUGUGUCCCAGCAACAAGCCGGCCAUCGUGGAGGCCGGUGGCAUGCAGGCUUUGGGCCAGCACCUGACCGGCUCCAGUCAGCGUCUGAUCCAGAACUGUCUGUGGACGCUGCGCAACCUGUCAGACGCUGCAACCAAACAGGAGGGGUUAGACGGUUUGCUGCAGAUCCUGGUCACCCAGUUGGGCUCGGAUGACGUCAACAUGCUGACCUGCGCCACCGGCAUCCUGUCCAACCUCACCUGCAACAACUCACGCAACAAGACGCUGGUGACGCAGUACGGCGGCGUGGAGGCGCUGAUCCACGCCGUGCUGCGGGCCGGGGAGAAGGAGGACGUGGCGGAGCCGGCGGUGUGCGCCCUGCGGCACCUCACCUCCCGCCACCAGGACGCCGAGCUGGCCCAGAAUGCCGUGCGGCUGCACUACGGCAUCCCGGCCGUCGUCAAGCUGCUGGGGCAGCCGCACUACUGGCCUGUGGUGAAGGCUACGGUUGGUCUGAUCCGGAACCUGGCGCUGUGCCCGACCAAUCAGGCGCCGCUGAGGGAAGCGGGCGCCAUCCCACGAUUGGUCAACCUGCUGCUGAAGGCUCACCAGGACACGCAGAGACACGCCUCCUCCGCUCAGCAGACAUACCAGGAUGGGGUUCGUAUGGAGGAGAUCGUGGAGGGCUGCACAGGAGCGCUUCACAUCCUGGCCAGAGAUCCCAUCAACAGAGGAGAGAUCGCCAGCAUGCAAACCAUACCGCUGUUUGUACAGCUGCUGUACUCGUACGUGGAGAACGUGAAGCGGGUGUCGGCCGGCGUCCUGUGUGAGCUGGCGUUAGACAAACAGUCUGCAGAGCUCAUCGAUGCAGAGGGAGCCUCAGCGCCGCUCAUGGAGCUGCUGCACUCCAACAACGAGGGGAUCGCCACCUACGCCGCGGCGGUGCUGUUCCGAAUUUCGGAGGAUAAGAGUUCAGACUACAGGAAGAGAGUCUCGGUGGAGCUCACACACUCUCUGUUCAAGCACGACCCGGCUGCCUGGAGAUGGCUCACACUGCCGUUCCUUUGGAGCCGAGUUACCUUGCUGAUGAGUUGGACGGGUCUUACCCUCCGUACGGCUACGCUGAUCUGCCUCUGGACACUCUGCCGCUGGACCCCGACCUCCAUGAACCCUACAUCCCCGACAUGACCUACGACCCGAGACAAGCCUACCCUGAACCCCUCUAACAGGAACGUAUAAAGGAGACGCAUACUGAGAAGGAGAGGACAAGAGCGAACCACAAGACUAAAGACGGGACGAAUGGACGGAGGAACGAGGAGUCGAGAGGUUUUUAAUCACCAAGGGAAUCAGCCCUUCCCCCCGGGGGGCUGAGCAGAAAUCCCGCUUGGCAAUCAAGAACUGAUAACGAAAGAAAGAUCAUUUAUUAAAAAAAAAAAAAAAAAUACAA